GCCAUAUGUUGGUGUUUUUUUGAUGUAUAUGUUUACUCGUUAGAAGUCAGAUGAGGACACAGUUAUAAACCUGAAGUAAACGGCAGGAAGAAGUGGCAAUGCCUUCUGAUGUGUCAGAAUAUACUAUUGGGGGAGUGAAGAUCAUAUUCCCUUGCAAGGCUUACCCUUCACAACUUGCUAUGAUGAAUGCUAUUGUUAAGGGCUUAAAUAACAGGCAACACUGUCUGUUGGAGAGCCCUACAGGAAGUGGCAAAAGCUUGGCAUUACUUUGUUCUGCAUUAUCAUGGCAGCGGUCUCUGUAUGAAAAAUCACUGCUUACGUCGUCAUGUGAAAAGGAAGACAGAAAGCCAGAGACCUCACCACCAUGUCGCUGCACGUGUCAUGUUGAGCCUAAGAGCAACGAGGCUGCAACAAGUGUGAAUCAUGGUGCGUCUUGUUCUUUUAAUAAUUAUGAAACAGGAAGUUCCGUAAAACCCGGAAGCCCGCUAACAAACACAGAAUGUAAAGAAAAUGAAACGCUGGCUUCAAAAUUGUCUGCCAAAAAAAGGUUAUCUCUAUGUGACAAUGAGAAUGAUGAUUUUCAAGUAGACAGGAAAAGGAUUCGUCCUUUAGAAACUGAGCAGCAGGUUAGAAAACGUCAUUGUUUUGCAAAAGGAGUGCAGCUAGUUGAUGCUUUAGAAGUUUAUCAUCAGAGAAAAAAUGGAGAGCUGAUUAUUCACUCUGAAAAAAGUGUGAAAACCACUACUUUUUCUCCCAAAACAUCUUCUGGCCCUUGCACUGAGUGUUCCUGUUCUUCCGGAAAAGAAACUGAUAAAGAUACUAGUAACACAAAGAAGAAAGAAAAUGGAGAUCGGUCGUUCGUUCCCAAAAUAUUUUUUGGAACACGAACACACAAGCAAAUAUCCCAGAUUACCAGAGAGUUGAAGAGAACAGCGUAUUCCAGUGUCCCUAUGACAGUUCUUUCUAGCCGGGAUUAUACCUGUAUUCAUCCAGUGGUGUCUAGUAGUGGUAGUAACAGGAACGAAAUGUGUGUAGAAUUGCUGGAAGGAAAACAUGGCAAGUCCUGUCUUUACUAUCACGGUGUUCAUAAACUCAGUGAACAUCAUGCCCUACAGUCUGCACAUAGGAUGUAUCAGGCUUGGGACAUUGAAGAUCUAGUGGGCUUGGGAAAGAAGCUUCGUGCCUGUGCAUAUUUUGCAGCCAGAGAACUCAUGGUGGGCGCAGAUAUUGUAUUUUGUCCUUAUAAUUAUCUCCUCGACCCGCAGAUACGGGAAAGCAUGGAAAUUAACCUAAAAGGCCAAGUAGUCAUUUUAGAUGAAGCCCAUAAUAUUGAGGACUGUGCUCGGGAGUCAGUGAGCUACGGUGUUACAGAAAGUCAACUAAGAGCUGCUCGAGAAGAGCUAGAUUUCAUGGUCAAUAACAACAUCAGACAGAAAGAUCAUGAGGCCUUGCGGGCUGUGUGCUGCUCUUUGACAAACUGGUUACAGGAGAGCUAUAGUCAACUAGUAGAAAGAGGGUAUGAAACUUCCUGUAAGGUUUGGAGUGGAAAAGAAAUGCUCACCACUUUGCACAAAAUGGGAAUAACUGGUAUUACUUUUCCCAUUUUACAGAAACAUCUUGCCACUGUCCUGGAAAAAGAAGAAAAAAUAUCAGUGCUCGGUAGAGAGGAACUUAUUGAGAUACCGAUUGUGAGCCCUGCCACUCAGAUUGUGCUGAAGGGGUUAUUCAUGGUUCUCUUUUGUCUUUUUAAAGAUAAUAGCAGGUAUGCAGAUGACUACAGAGUUGCUCUACAACAAACUUACGCUUGGAUGAAUGAAAACCAACUUGAUGUUUCAGAUACAAGUGCCUUCUUUACACGGCCCAAGCAUAAAAGGAGUUUGCGGCAGAAAACCGUAGUCCGCAUGCUUAAUUUUUGGUGCUUGAAUCCUGCUGUGGCUUUUUCAGACUUAAGUGAUGUUAGAACAAUUGUUCUGACAUCUGGUACACUCUCUCCAAUGGAUUCAUUUUCUUCAGAGCUUGGCGUGAAGUUUUCUAUUCAGUUGGAGGCAAAUCACAUUAUUCGGAACUCACAGGUUUGGGUUGGCACCGUUGGAGCAGGCCCUAACGGUCGGAAGUUGUGUGCCACGUUCCAGCAUACAGAGACCUUUGAGUUCCAAGAUGAGGUGGGAGCACUUCUGCUUUCAGUGUGUAAAACAGUUGGCCAGGGAAUCUUGUGCUUUUUGCCGUCCUAUAAGCUGUUGGACAAAUUAAAAGAUCGCUGGAUGCACACUGGCUUAUGGAGAAACCUGGAGCUGGCUAAGACAGUCAUUGCAGAGCCUCAAGGAGGGGCAAAGAGUGACUUUGAUGAACUGCUGAAAAUAUACUACGAUGCAAUAAAAUGUAAAGGAGAAAAAGAUGGAGCACUCCUUAUAGCUGUAUGCAGAGGAAAAGUUAGUGAAGGCUUGGAUUUCUGUGAUGAGAAUGCCCGUGCAGUUAUAACCAUAGGUAUUCCGUUUCCAAAUGUGAAAGACCUGCAGGUUGAAUUAAAGAGGAAGUACAAUGACCAGCACAAAAAUACAAGAGGCCUUUUACCAGGGAGUCAGUGGUAUGAAAUUCAAGCUUAUAGGGCUCUGAACCAAGCCCUGGGAAGGUGUAUAAGACAUAGGAAUGACUGGGGUGCUCUUAUUUUAGUUGAUGACCGCUUCCGGAAUAACCCUAAUAAGUACAUAACUGGGUUAUCUAAAUGGAUUCGUCAACAAAUCCAGCACCAUGAAAAUUUUAGUAGUGCUCUUGAAUCCUUGCAUGCAUUUGCUAUAAGAAACCAGAAAAGCAUUGAUUGUUCAUCAGAGUGCAGCAGUGAAUUUCUCCAUGUACUUUCAAAUUCAAAAGACCUGUCACAAGCCUCUCAACGGGAGGCAACUAUUUGUCUGUCACCAGAUGUUCCUGCUAAAAGUGAGGAGCAAAAUUUGAUUUCAGAAAUUAGUUUUACUACUACCAGCAGCUCAGUUAAUCCUACAGCAUCAAAUCAGCCAAGUAACAUCACGGCAACAAUGAAACAAAGUGGCCAGAAAGUUGAUGUAGAGAGUCAUUCUCACCAUGUAACACAAAGAAGAAAACAUAUGGACUCCACACCCAAAAUGGCAGUAACUAAAAUAGAGAGAGAAAAAAAGAAUGGUUGGACUAAUGCUGAUAUUAUGAAAGAACAUUGCUGCUUUAAACCACUGACUUCAACACCUUUGCCUGUAGCCAAGAACAGUGUGUCCACAGCUAGUAGCAAACAAAAGAAUGUGAAUAGGGCUAGUGAACUUCUUGAUAGUGUAAAUCAAUGCCAGUCAUCAUUAAUUUCAGAACAUAAACCAAGUGUACCAGAAUCAUGUUUGGAAACAACUAAUUUUUCAGUUAAAAAUACUGAAGCUCCAGUUGCUGAAGAGCAUCCUGAUAAGCUACAGCUUCAAGUUGAGCCCCGCAGUGAGUUUCCUUCAGCAGGACAGAAAUCUGAACUUUCAGUGUUAAAUGUAUCUGCAGAAGCUGAAGAAGAGGAUGAGAGUAUCUACUUCACACCAGAACUCUAUGAUGAUGUAGAAUCAGAGGAAGAGAAAAUCAGACCACUGCUUCCAACCCCUAAUACAAAUGAGAAUCUGAUUGAAUGUGGAAACUCCACAGUUGCUGACGAUCUUUUUGCAAUCAACACCACAGAAAUACUAAGCGUGACUAAAAAAAUGAUUGAUGAUGAUGAUGGCAGAAGCACAAAUUUACAUGGAAUAAUGCAAAAUGAGGGGAGUAAGAAUAAUGCAGUUAAUAAUGUAGAGAUGACUAGUGAAAUAGAAGCAGAGCAGAUAGCAUCUCAACAGACGGACACCAAAAAACGGAAAAUCAAUCUUUCCAGAUCACGAAAUAAAGGUGUGUCAUCCUUUCUGUUGAGCAAUACUAGCACAUAGUGACAGCUUCUGUAGGAAACAUAGUGAGCAGCCUUUACAACAUAGCCUCACUAUAGAGCAGUGAUGGCUUUCUAGUUCUCAUUUAAUAUGUGCUGCUAUCAGACUCGAUUUUUCAUUAUACUUUUUUGUUUUUCACUGUGAAAAUUGUACAACAUGCAGUUUUCUAUACUUAUAAUUAAGAUUCUUCAUCCUGUGUGACGAAAGGACAUCAUGUGUGGAAAUUCUAAAUAGAAGCCCAAGUAGCAUUUGACUUGUAAUUGUAGGCUGAGGAGGUUUGUCUAUUACAGAUUUAAUUAAUCUGCCAUUAAAUACAAUCAAACAAUUGCGUUUUUCUCAGAAAGCAGAACACCCAUAUAAUCAAAUUAUGGUUUUCUGCAUUUGUUAGGGCUUUUUUUUUAAUUGAAUCCGUAGAACAGCAUCUUUGCAGAUCAAGUAAUAUGAUAGAUUGAGCCUAGAUACUGAAAUAGGUGUGGUCUUCAGUACUUUGUUUCCCUCAAAUUUCUUUUGUCAAAAUGUCUAUCAGAAGCUGUGUCGUAGUAGUACAGUAGUAUUUGAACAUUUUGAUAUUUGAUGAUGAUGAGAGGUUUCUUCAGAGGUCUUUAUUUGUUUUAUAUAAAAGUUGAGGUUUCUUUAAAAUUUUCUUUUGUGAGAGGAUUUAAUUUCUUUCGGUCAGAUUCUGUAUGUAUUCAUAUCAAAAUGUGUACUCAUUUGUACGCCCUACAAACACAUUUUCUAUGUAAUAUAUAACAAUGUAAAUUUGUACAUAAAGGUCUUUAAAUCUUCC